GAGAGGACGCGCGGCGGCUGAUGCUCCCAGUGCAUUACUGACUUCAAAAUCACACACUCAUCUCGAGUGCUUGAGUCACUUAAUUGACUCACGGUGUUCUGUAUCCAGUUAAUAUCAGUAUGUGAAAUAUUAUAUCUAUGCCAGAUAAUCUCUAAACUAAACGGAUGAAAACCUUAAGGAAGCGAAACAGCAGGUGAUGAGCGGAAGCGGGUACUGAGGUCUGUCGAACUCACCUCAUCCUUAUGGGGCUGAGACUCAACACCAGGGUGGCGCAGGGGGCCGUGUUCGCCUCCCUCGUCGGCGCCUGCCUCCUCUACUACCUGUCGGGGGUGACGCCCCUUCGCCCCUCGGGGGAGACGCCCCCUCACACCCCCAACAGCGUCGGGAACAACGACACCUGGCGUGUGUUGAGUGUGAGGCUCUCACAGAGUGAGAUCGAGAGCCUCCUUCAGGCGACUCCCAGGUCUUUCUCGGAGCCACGAGUCCUUGAACGUGGCACUCACGCCGGGGAGAGUGCUACAGCUUCCCCAGAUCAAGGAGGAGCAUCAGGUGAAGAGGCGGCGUGUAGUGAAGUAGGAGCAGGAGCGCAGGACCCCGUGCAGGAUGGGUGCUGUGAGGAGGACACUAAGGUCUCCUGGGCUCCUCCCGUCCUGAAGCCCUCAGAAGGCUCCUUCCUGAGGAACUUCAACUUCUCAGCCUUUCCACCCGAGGCUAGGAAGUACCUGAGGAGCCGUCUGGGGGAGAUGGUCGAGAGGACCAGACUGGUGGCUGACGGCUGCAGACUGAGGUCCAAGCUCGCGUCCUCCUCCGCCCUUAGGGUCCUCUGGAACACGGAACAGGAACCUAACCUCGUCUGGUGUCCUGUCUUCAAGAGAUCUAGGUGCUCUGGGGCGAGGUUCUUGUUCCCUCCCAGCCGGCCGGCCAAGGUCAACCUGGAGGCGAUGACGAAGCUGUUCCAGAGCAGCGUGAGGGUGUUGGUGGUCGCUGACCCGCUUCUCAGACUGUUAUCCAUCUACCUGGACAAGAUAGCCACAGAUUCCUGCCAGCAACAAUUCCAGGAGAUGAAGAGGCAGAUAAUCAAGAAAUACAGAAAGAACAAGAAGGCUAAUUUGUCCCUCCAUCCCAGCUUCCCAGAGUUCCUGCAGCACGUGCUAGACUCCACCAGGAUCCUGCACACCCACCAUGACUGGACCACGAAGGCUCCCUGCUGGAUGCCGUACUAUAUCCAGUGUAACGUGUGUGCCGCCGACUACGACCUCGUCCUCAAGAUGGAGACGCUGGAGGACGACCACAAGUUUCUUCUCGCCCUCAUCAACACAACAGAAUUCCAGAAGCUGGAGGUGCAGCGGUCAGGAGGGCGGGUACCCGCCGGACAAGCGGUCAACCGCUACCUCGGGCAACUGGACCGUAAGCAGAUAAGCCUCGUCUACCAUCGCUUCAUGCUUGAUGCUGAAUUGUUCGGCUACAGCAGUGAUGCCUACCUCCACCUGGCGCACGAGUAGACCUGGUCGUGAAGGACGGUCCAGGACCUGGUCGUGGAGGACGGUCCAGGACCUGGUCGUGGAGGACGGUCCAGGACCUGGUCGUGGAGGACGGUCCAGGACCUGGUCGUGGAGGACGGUCCAGGACCUGGUCGUGGAGGACGGUCCAGGACCUGGUCGUGGAGGACGGUCCAGGACUUGGUCGUGGAGGACGGUCCAGGACCUGGUCGUGGAGGACGGUCCAGGACCUGGUCGUGGAGGACGGUCCAGGACCUGGUCGUGGAGGACGGUCCAGGACCUGGUCGCGGAGGACGGUCCAGGACCUGGUCGUGGAGGACGGUCCAGGACCUGGUCGUGGAGGACGGUCCAGGACCUGGUCGUGAAGGACGGUCCAGGACCUGGUCGUGGAGGACGGUCCAGGACCUGGUCGCGGAGUGGUCUCUCACACCUGCAAGUAAGCUACAACACUCGUGAUACUCUUCCCCAGGAGAAGCACAUAUCUUUGACCACUGAGUGGUUAUCAUGUUAUCUUCAUUUGCUUGGCGUCACCUUCUCUUCAGCUGUAUACAUGCGAGGGAUAACGUGCCAAUCAGCUGAAGAAAAGCGAGGCUAUAUAUAU